AUGUGCUGGUUUUACCGUUUCGUGGCAGACGAGGACACGAAAUCCAGCGUCUCCAGCGGUCCCGAGGUGACCUCAGCCCCCGCGGACAGCCAAUGGUGCGAGGAGGAAGAAGAGGAUGAGGAGGAAUGCGAGGAGGACGGAGGCCGACGGGGCCUGUCGCCCGGAUCCGGCAGCGUGGUGAAGAAACGGAAGCGCCGAGUCCUCUUCACCAAGCAACAGACGUUCGAGCUAGAGAGGAGAUUCCGCCAGCAGCGAUACCUCUCGGCGCCCGAGCGGGAGCAUCUCGCCUCGCUCAUCAAUCUCACGCCCACGCAGGUGAAGAUCUGGUUCCAGAACCACCGAUACAAGACGAAGAGAGCAAGGCAGGAAUCGGGAGCGAAGAUGGCAGCAGCAGCGGCAGCGGCAGCAGCGGCCGCGGCAGCCGUCGGCGGCGGCCCACACGGACCGCUGGACUUCCACCCGGGCGCCCCCCGACGCGUCGCCGUCCCGGUCCUCGUCCGCGACGGGAAACCUUGCAGUGCCACGUCGAACGCCGGGAACGGGCACGUGCAAGGGCACGUGCAAUCCCUGCACGUGCCCGUCUCCCACCCCCUCCCCUGCAUCCCCUUCGCCUCCAUCAAUCCCUUGGCCUUCUCCGUCGAAGAUCUCCGCAAGAUGUCCUGGCCGGAAUUCGUCUCGAGCCCCGUCGGCAUCUUCGCGAUGAACCUGGGCGUCAUGCCCCGUUUCUCGUCCCAUUGA